GUUUGGUCGUUGGAUGUCGCGGGGGUAAGUGAAGGUGACCUUGGCGGGGUUUGGAAGUCGUCUGUUGUGUAGUGUCAACAAAUUAAGUUUCAAACAUGGCAGAUCAAGAUCCAGAUACAAGUCAAAGACGUUUCAUAGAGAGAGGUUCACACAAAGGCAAAGGCAUUGCAGUUCUUACCAGUGGAGGAGACUCUCAGGGAAUGAAUGCUGCUGUUCGUGCUGUUGUAAGAUUUGGUAUAUAUUUGGGUUGCAAAGUAUUCUUCAUCAGGGAAGGUUACCAAGGAAUGGUUGAUGGUGGAGAUCACAUAGAAGAGGCUGGAUGGUCUAGUGUUUCCUCUAUUAUUCAUAAGGGAGGAACUGUAAUUGGCUCUGCAAGGUGUAAGGACUUUAGAGAACGUGAAGGCCGCUUAAAGGCUGCAAAAAACCUUGUGACCAGAGGGAUUACAAAUCUUGUUGUGAUUGGUGGAGAUGGUUCACUCACAGGGGCAAAUCUCUUUCGACAAGAAUGGCCCUCUCUUCUUGAUGAACUACUGCAAAAGGGUGAAAUCACAAAAGAAAGCAGAGAAAAGUACACAUAUCUUCAUAUUGCUGGUUUGGUGGGUUCCAUAGACAAUGAUUUCUGUGGUACUGACAUGACCAUUGGUACGGAUUCUGCCCUUCAUCGAAUUAUUGAGGCUGUUGAUGCCAUAGUCUCAACAGCUUUCUCACAUCAGCGCACAUUUAUUAUGGAGGUCAUGGGACGACAUUGUGGAUAUUUGGCGCUGGUGACUGCCCUGACAAGUGAAGCUGAUUUUGUGUUUAUUCCUGAAUGGCCACCAGAGCAUGAUUGGCCAACUAAACUCUGCAAGAAGUUAGCACAGGAGCGGCUUGCAGGCCAACGAUUAAACAUUAUUAUUGUUGCGGAAGGAGCUAUAGACCGUGAUGGACAACCGAUUACUUCAGAGAAAGUGAAACAGGUUGUUGUAGAAAACUUGCAGCAAGACACCCGUAUAACUGUACUUGGACAUGUGCAGCGAGGUGGCAAUCCAUCUGCAUUUGACCGAGUAUUGGGCUGCCGUAUGGGAGCUGAGGCAGUUCUGGCUUUGAUGGAAGCAACACCAGGUUCCGAAGGAGUUCUUAUCUCUCUAGCUGGUAACCAGGCUGUUCGGUUGCCGUUAAUGGAAUGUGUAGAAAGGACAAAAGCUGUUGCAAAAGCUAUGGCUGACAAACAAUGGGAUAAAGCAGUUCAGCUUAGAGGCAGGAGUUUUGAAAGAAAUCUGUACAUCUACAAAAUGCUGACAAGACUAAAACCUCCUACUCCAGUUGGUGAUGCUGUACAGCAAGAUUCUGUUCUCGGCAUGGAAUCCUUCACUUUGGCAGUUAUGCACAUUGGAGCACCAGCUUGUGGAAUGAAUGCUGCUGUGAGAUCAUUUGUCAGAAAUUGCCUUUACCGCGGUGUGACAGUUCUUGGAAUUCAUGAUGGUAUUGAAGGUCUAGUGGCUGGUAAUAUUAGUAAAAUGGCAUGGUCAGAUGUGACUGGUUGGGUUUCUUUGGGUGGUGCCAUGCUGGGGACAAAACGUACUCUGCCUGGAAAUAGAAUAAAGCAAAUUGCAGCUCGCUUCAAGGAAUUCAACAUCCAAGGCCUUCUCAUUAUUGGCGGUUUUGAGGCUUACCAAGGUGCGCUGCAACUUGCAGAGAGCAGGCCAACACAACCAGAGUUCUGCAUACCGAUUGCUGUUAUUCCUUCAACAAUAAGUAAUAAUGUUCCAGGCACAGAAUUUUCCUUGGGUUGUGAUACAGCACUUAAUGAAAUUACAGAGAUUUGUGACAGAAUCCGGCAGUCUGCCCAGGGCACAAAGAGAAGAGUGUUUGUCAUAGAAACUAUGGGAGGCUACUGUGGAUACCUCGCUACACUAGCAGCUCUUGCUGGAGGCGCUGAUGCGGCAUACAUAUUCGAAGAGAAAUUUUCGAUAAAAGAUCUACAGCAAGAUGUGUACCACAUGGCAUCCAAAAUGGCUGAAGGUGUCCAGAGAGGCCUUAUUCUUAGAAAUGAAAAAUGCAAUGAAAACUACACAACAGACUUCAUUUAUCGUUUGUACUCUGAAGAAGGAAAGGGGCUUUUUAGUGCUCGAAUGAAUGUAUUAGGUCACAUGCAACAAGGAGGAUAUCCAACACCGUUCGACCGUAAUAUGGGAACAAAGAUGGGAGCAAAAACUGUUGAAUGGAUGUUCCACAAACUAAAAGAAUCUUCCAAAGGUGAUGGCACUGUAUAUACUGCAACACCAGAUUCUGCUACACUGCUUGGAGUAUUGAGGAGACGGUAUACAUUCAGUCCACUGGAAGAACUAAAGAAAGGCACAAAUUUUGAUUACCGUAUACCGAAGAAUCAGUGGUGGCUAAAAUUACGUCCUCUGUUAAGAAUUUUGUCAAAACAUGAGAGUGCUUAUGAAGAAGAAGGCUUGUACAUGACCAUAGAACAAGCAGAAGAAGAUGACAAAACAGUAGCAAAAUAAGACAAAUGGUAAUUCUUGAAGCUCUUAUCACCAAACAAGUAGUCUAUAUACCUUUAUUGUUUUUCUCCCUUUGAUUAUGUUCAAUGAGAACAAAGGUCUCUUUUAUGUAAGUUAAUAUAUGUUUUUUUUUUACAAUGUUUGCCCUCUUUGCUUCUGUUAUACUGCCGUUGUGUGUUGUAUGGAAUGUUAGAAACUAGGCUUUGACAAAGUGUGCAGGUGCUAACUGGAGAACUAAUAACUGUGUUCUUUCGUUUUCAGUUUCUAGAACCACAAAAAUUGUGUUACAGACAAAACAAUGUGAUCGAAACAUAUUUUGGGGGAAUACACUUUUUAUGUUAAGAGUUUCUAAUGUAGAAUGAUCUGGGAUGGUAACCAGCAUGUGAAAAGACAUACAUUUUUUUCUUUUAUUUGUCCUGCUGCUUUAUUGUAUUUUUAACAACUGAUUUGUUUCUGGUACAUUGAUUUCACAUAGAUCUGUAAUUAUAAUUGCCUUUUGUAACAUACCAAAAAACAUAAUAUAUAAGGCUUGGUUAUCUAUAGCACAAUUAUACUACACAAUGUGAAAGAUAAUACUGUGUUGUUUUUUUUCUUGCCAAAUGGUUAAAUUGAGUGCUGUUGUAGAAGUUACAAGUUCUUGUAUUGUGUUGAUAUUGUAAUUAAUUUAUCCAGUGUCGUUGUAUACUAAAAUACCAAAAAUGUAUCCUGUAUAGAGAACCCUUUAUAUCUAAAAUUGUUAUUUUAAUCUUGAAAAGAAUUUUAUGAUGAAGGUGUGGUGUUGUAUAGACGAUUAUUUUUUUAAAGUACUUGUGUUAUCCUCUGGUAGGAAUGCACUACUCUCAGUUGUUGACUUAUUUAUUUCAUAUAUUGUUGAUUAUUUAUACUCUUUUAACUGAUGUAGUGAAUGCAUUCCACUAUACUUCUCCCCACUUUUUUUUUUUUCUUUUCCCCUACUUCACGUAACUGUCAAAAAUACUCUUCAUACUGUGGGAAAAUGGCAGUGUUAAUUUUCUGAAGCUUGUACGCGCAAUGUAAAUUAGUUUUUGUCAGAUUAAUUUUAUAACUUGAAUAUUUCUUCAGAUGCCUUCGAGGUGCUGCAUUUUCACUCAGAUAAGCAUUUUUAAUGCCUCAUUCAUGACUACAUUUUUCAUUUUCGUACACCAAAAUUUGUAUGACUCAAUAUUAGAGCAUCUGAGACACACUUUGAUACAGAUUAGUGUACAUGCCGUAUGCUGUGUAACAUCUUUUUAUUUGAGUUAUAUCAUUUGCAAUGGCUUUGACAUAAGCUGCAGUAAUUUUUCAGAAAUGCAAAUUCUAUGAUUUAAAUCUAGCACAUGUUAGCUUUCAGUUAUGAUUUAGAUCUAUUACAUUUUAGUUUUCAGUUACUAAAGAUAAUGCCAAACAUUUACUUAAUGACUGUCAUGUUUUUCUUUUUUCUUUGUGUGGCUUCAGUAUUUAUCAGUGUUUAUUCAUGAGUGUUUUAUUGCGAUACUCAGCAUCCUGUGUAACACACUUACAUUAAAAUUGCCAAGCUGUGAGAGAGACAUGCUAAUGAAUGUGGACUGCAGCCGUAGUUAUAAUUUUGAUGAUUGCCUACUCUUAAUUAUCAAUUGUUACAGAUAGUAUGGGAAAAAAGAGGGGUGAAAAAGAAAGAUGAUUUUUUUAUAUUAAGCAACAGUAUUACCUGUAUUAGAUUGUAUUGUCUUAAAUGUGAUAGUAACUUAUUUAUCAAUGUCACCACUGAGAAGAUUACUUUUUUAAUGCCGAAACUGAGCAGUGCUCUGAAACUGUGCUGUGUUCUGAACGUAAAUUGUCCAUAAUAGACAAAUAAAUAAUGCCAAAACAAAUGUAAGGGCUAUGUUCCUCAAACUCAUUCACUCAAGUUGAAAUUUACAGAUGUAUCUUUCAUGUGUGUGUUCAUGUUAUAGACUGUUACUCAUGUGCCUUGGUUAAAGUAUUUUUAUGACUGUAAUAUUUAUUUUAAUACUUUUUACUGUAAAUAUUUAUUUGAAGAGUAGAAAAUGUGGACCCCCCAAGUUAUGGUCUUUUGGAAAAAUUAGUGCAAAAGCUGCAGAACAUAAACUAUGCAUUGGUGUAAAAUCUAGGAAAAAAUAUGAUACGUAAAUGAGAAUAUAUUGCUACUUACCACAUAGCAGGGAUGUUGACCAGUGGAAAUUAGUGUAUAAAAGAAGAAAUUGCUUAACUUCUGUCCAGUCAUCCCCCACCCCCGCCCUCUCAAACGCGCGUUUGGUGUCGCACCCACUGUAAGUUCCACGUGCCUCUAUGCGUGUCUUCCAUGUGGUGAGUGGCAAUCUAUCCUUAUUGGCAUAUCACAGAACAUUAUAUAACAAAUGUAUUCAUUAUAUUUGUUUCUUUUAAAAGCUGUAUCCAAAUACUUGCUGCCUGAACAGUAUGUGUUGCUUGAAACAAGCUCUUAACUGUAAAAUCUACUGAUACACUUAAGUGUUAAAACAAAAUAAAAGACUUUUGGAUAUACCAUCA